CAUUCAUUCAACAAGUUCCAACUAAACUCUCCCACGAGGAGCGUUUUGUUAUGAUCUUCAUCUACUUAAAUAGCAGCUUUUAUGGUUUCGGUGCCGUUGCGUUGACAUUUAUAUUUGGGUAUCUAAAAACCAUGGAAGCAUAGCUCGCACACUGUAAACCAAUGGCGACCUUGAGUCUCCUGGCGCUGCUAAUAUUACUUAUUCCGGUUAUCCUUCUCGCUGUUCUGUGGUUCAUAGUUCAACCACGGUCGGUAAAGGUCCCGAUCAAUGGCCGCCACGUGUUCAUAACGGGAGGAUCGAGCGGAAUCGGCUUGGCUCUAGCCCACGCCGCUGCAAAGGAGGGCGCCAGGGUUUCGAUCCUCGCACGCAAUCAGGAAAAGCUGGAGAGAGCCAGGCAAGAAAUACUGGAAUCCACGGGGCAACAAAUUAGCAUUUUCAGCGCGGAUGUGAGGGAUUUUGAACAGGUGAAGGAAGCAUUGGGCGAAGCAGGGCCCGUAGAUGUCCUUAUUUGCAAUCACGGCGUUUAUACGCCGCAAGAGUUGGAGCUUCAGCCUCUGGCGACAAUGCAGGCCAUGAUGGACAUCAAUUUUAUGGGGACUGUUCAUCUGAUUAAAGCUGCCCUUCCUCGCAUGAAAGACAGGACGGAUGGGGUGCCUUGUUCGAUUGCUUUGAUGUCCAGUCAGGCUGGCCAGGUGGGCGUGUAUGGAUAUACGGCAUAUUCUGCAAGUAAGUUUGCUCUUCGUGGUCUGGCCGAGGCUCUGCAGCAGGAGGUUAUACCACAUAACAUUCGUGUCUCACUUAUUUUUCCUCCAGAUACAGAUACUCCUGGUCUAGUGGAAGAAAACAAAAUGAGGCCAGAGAUAACAAAACUAAUAGCAGCUUCUUCCAGUUCCAUGGAUGCUAAAGAGGUUGCCGAGAUAACUUUAAAUGGCAUCAAGUCAGGGAAGUUCAUGAUCACAUGCAACUUUGAUGGAUUCAUGCUGUCUAUUGCAACUGCAGGGAUGUCUCCUCAGCCAUCAGCUACCAUGGCAUUUCUUGAAGUCGUUGCUGCAGGCCUUAUGCGGAUUGUUGCACUAUGUAUACUGUGGGGUUGGUACAGUACUGUGCAGAGAUGGCAUAAUAAUCAAAGAAAGAUGGAGAAUAAAACUUCCUAUAGCCACGAAUGCAAUGUGGAUACAUUGUCAACAAAUCUAAUUUCAGCUGCUAAUUAGUUUGCUCAAGUUAUACUUGUUGAAUAAUAACUCUUGUUACAACUCAUAUAGUCUUAGUUUUGUACUUUUACGAUUUAGAAUGCGAUUUAGAAUGACCAUAGGCCAGAAACAACUCAAUGUAUUAUUCUGUUGUAAUUGAUGAUAUUUUGGUUUUAGUGCCGGUAACAUUAUUUUCUGUUCUUUUCUAUGGUUUUAUUCUAUAUGAUUGAUGUGAGAUUGUAAUUUGUAAAAUUGCUGGACUGGUUUCCAUACGAGAAGAGUGAUAAUAGUAGUUUGUAUGAAGAGUGAUUAUAGCAAUUUAUAUCAAUUCACAUACAUUUAUACUAUCUAUUGCUUUGGCAAUAUGAUAAUUUUAACAUAUUUAGUUAUAAAGUAAUUUUUGGUUA